AUGGUUUGGCGGUUAGGACGCGAACUUACUGAUCAAAAGGUCCGUGGUUCAAACCCAACCCUGAAAUAUCGACUGCUGCUAUCUAGGCUUGGGCAACCUGGGGGUACUUCAGCCUCUGUGCUUCCAUCGCAUGACAUAUCAGCUUCCGCACACAAAACGGUGUCCGUCAGGGAUGCUUGUGGACGUGCAGUCACUGAACACGCCCCUUACAAUCCGAAGAGAGGUACUGGAAGUUGUGGAGCGUUUUACUCGAUAAUAGUAAAUAAUCGUUCACCUGCAACGUCCUUUCGGCACUUCGUGAAAAAAUCGUUCAGCUGUAGCACCAUGCCACCCGAAGGUUGCACAAGGGCUGGGAUACUGUCAGGUUACCCAAGCCUAGACAGGGGAAGUCGAGGGGCAGAGGUCGGGUUCGAACCGAGGAUCUUUCGGUCAGACCCAAGUACAGUUGUUGAACUAACCUAUUUAUCAGCUCCCGCUCGCUUCUGGUUGCGCACCUAUGGUGAUUCGGAAGCCGUCCCUGGGACUGGCACUGUUCUAAGUCCGCAAACUAAGUGGUCUCUGUUUAAAUGGUCGCCCGUUGAUAGUCGUCUCCAUGCGGUUCGUUUGGCAAUGCCUGUAAAAGUAUCCCGUAAACGUACCGGUAAUCUCUGCGAGUUCACUUUAUCUGCUAAAAGUCCCAACAGAGUGUGUGAUACACUCAAAGGCAGCUUUUACGGAACUUUGAGCACCUUAUUGCGGCUGGCUAAGAGCUCAGAUAUUGUCACCAUUAUAGGGAGUAUCAAUGCACAAGUAGGUAGACUUGACGCCGCUGAGGCACAAUUGGGUAGUCGUCCUGGACUGAAAUCGAGACGCACGGACAACGGCGAACGCGUUGCAGUUGUGCACUGA